GUUACUUUCCAAACAGGGUGUUUUUCCUGAACCUCACAAUGGAGGCAAUUUUGGAGCGUCUGGCUUACCGUGCGGUUGACCCGGUCACUGGAGAAAGGUACCACGCCCUGUACAAGCCUGCACCUUCCAAGAGAGCCCACGAGCGCCUCCUGACACACCCAAGGGAUGUUGAAGAGCACGUGAGGGCCGAGGUCGAAAAGUACUUCAGGCUCUCCAGCGGCACGAAGGAGCUGUUCGAAGAUGCGGUCUCUAUCAACGCCGACCAAGAUCCCCAGACUGUCUUUGAGUACAUAGAGAGCUAUAUCGUCAAUCCGCUGCCAUCCACCCCGACCUGGAAAUCAAGCAAACUGAGUGGGUAGGCCCUGUGGUAGGCAGCUGUGAGUGAGUACCAACCCUAAUCCUGCUUAGAUAGGCUGACCAGACGUCCCGCUUUUGGUGGGACAGUCCCGCCUUAAAACAAUUUGUCCCGCAUCCCGUGGGUUUUUUUGAAAUG